CUAAUAUGUAAAAAGAAUUUAAUUUUUUUUCUCAGAAUUAUGCUUCACGCGAUGGAUUCGAGGCAAAAGCACUGAGGAAAUUUCUUUGUACGCUCCCAAAUCUCACUCUAUAGUUCGAACUCAGAUCCGAUUGUUAGCUCCCAUGGCGACUGGCUUAGCCUUUUCUCCUAUUUCAGGUCCAGCUCAGGUCAAAACUCGUGGAGCUUGGUCUGCUAAGUCCGCUUCGCUGGAGAAGACACCAUCUUUGAGAAUUCCAAGAAAAUCGAUUCAUCGGAGAACCAAUAACUUAUCUGUUCGUGCACUCUAUAAUGAAAAUAGAGGUGGCGGUGGAGGUGAAUUCAUUUCAGGGUUUCUCUUGGGAGGUGCAAUUUUUGGAGCACUUGGCUAUGUUUUCUCCCCACAGAUACGAAGAUCUUUCUUUGAUGAGCAUGAGUCUGAAUUUCCAAAGGCAACGCGACCAAUAUACUACGACGAUGGCUUAGAGAGAAACAGGGAAACUUUGGAUGAAAAGAUACGGAAACUGAAUUCUGUCAUUGAAAAUAUCUCUUCCCGGCUGAGAGGUGGCAGAAAGAUGCCACCACCCAUUCCUUCAGAGGUUGAUCCAGAAGAGGCAACUGUGUAAGAGGCGUUUGUCUCUCAAAAUGUUUGAUGGAUGAUUUGAUCUUUUGUUUGUCAAUUCAUGAAUACUGGUGCUCACAUUGCUGUUUGAUUACUUCUUAGCGGA